UAUUUUGCCACUUGUUCCUGUCUAAGUGAUCGACAGCGGUUUCCAUCUUUCUUUAGAACCAUCCCGAGUGAUGCUUUCCAGGUUCGUGCUAUGAUUCAGAUUCUAAAGCACUUUGACUGGACGUGGGUAGGGCUGCUGAUCUCAGAUGAUGAUUAUGGAUUCCAUGCUGCCCAGUCCUUCCAGUCUGACCUGACUCAGUCUGGUGCAGGUUGUCUGGCCUACCUGCAGGUUUUGCCCUGGGAUGGUGACCCAAAUGAACUCAGGAAGAUUGUUCAUUUGAUAAAGACAUCAACAGCUCGUGUGCUUGUGACAUUUGUACAUGAAAGCCAAAUGAUACCCCUAAUGGAAGAGGUGGUGCAACAGAAUGUAACAGGCCUGCAGUGGAUUGCCAGUGAAGCCUGGAUUGCAGCUGCUGUGCUCCAAACUCCUCGUCUGAUGCCGUACCUCGGCGGCACACUGGGCAUCGCCAUCCGUCGAGGAGAAAUGCCAGGACUCAGGGAGUUCCUGUUACAAAUACGUCCUGAUCACAGUAACAACUAUGAAAAUAACAUGGUGAGACAGUAUUGGGAGUUCAUAUUUCAGUGCAGAUUCCCUCCACCUCCAGCAGGUUGGGUGGAAGCUGGAGGAGCACUUUGCACUGGAGAAGAAGAUAUUGAAAAUGUGGAGACAGAGUUCUUGGAUCUUUCCAACCUCAGGGCUGAGUACAAUGUGUACAAGGCUGUGUAUGCUCUGGCAUACGCCCUUGAUGACAUGCUGCAGUGCACACCAGGGAGAGGGCCUUUCAGUGGAAACAGCUGUACCACUUUACAAACAAUGGAGCCCUGGCAGCUCGUACAUUAUUUGCAAACGGUCAACUUCACCACAUCAUUCGGUGAUCAAGUCUCAUUUGAUGAGAAUGGUGAUGCCCUGCCAAUAUAUGACAUCAUGAACUGGUUGUGGCUCCCUGAUGGACGAACUAAAGUUCAGAAUGUGGGUGAGGUCAAGAGGUCAGCCUCCAAAGGAGAAGAACUCACACUUUUUGAAGACAAAAUCUUCUGGAGCUUUGGAGAGCCACCCCGAUCAGUGUGCAGUGAGAGUUGUCCUCCAGGUACCCGUAUGGCCAGAAAGAAGGGAGAACCUGAAUGCUGCUUUGACUGCAUCCCUUGUUCUGAGGGAAAGAUCAGCAAUAAGACCAACUCCGUGGAGUGCACCAGUUGUCCAGAGGAUUUUGCAUCCAGUCCCCAGCGUGACCACUGUGUUCCUAAGAAAAUAGAGUUCCUCUCCUACCAUGAGCCUCUGGGUAUCUGCCUGACAAGUACCUCAUUAUUGGGCACAUUGAUCUGUGCUGUUGUCCUGGGUAUUUUCAUCCAUCAUCGCAGCACACCUGUGGUACGCGCCAACAACUCAGAACUGAGCUUUCUGAUUUUGAUGUCACUUAAACUAUGCUUCCUGUGUUCGCUGCUGUUCAUUGGACGACCCAGACUGUGGACAUGUCAACUGAGACAUGCAGCCUUUGGGAUCAGCUUUGUGCUUUGUGUGUCGUGCAUCCUGGUGAAAACCAUGGUGGUUCUGGCUGUUUUCAAGGCCUCCAAGCCAGGAGGUGGAGCCAGUCUCAAGUGGUUUGGUGCUGUGCAGCAGAGAGGAACAGUUUUGCUUCUUACCUGCAUUCAGGCAGCCAUCUGUGUUGUGUGGAUUGUCUCGGCAUCGCCACUGCCUCACAAAAACACUCAGUAUCACAGUGACAAGAUAGUUUAUGAGUGUGUAGUUGGUUCCACUGUGGGUUUUGCUGUGUUAUUGGGUUAUAUUGGAUUACUGGCCAUCCUCAGCUUCCUGUUAGCAUUUCUGGCCAGGAAUCUUCCAGACAACUUCAAUGAGGCCAAACUCAUCACUUUCAGCAUGCUGAUCUUCUGUGCUGUGUGGGUGGCCUUUGUUCCUGCUUAUGUCAACUCCCCAGGUAAAUAUGCAGAUGCAGUGGAAGUUUUUGCCAUCCUGGCAUCCAGUUUUGGCCUCCUGGUGGCACUGUUCGGACCCAAAUGUUACAUAAUCCUGCUGAGACCAGAGAGGAACACAAAGAAAGCAAUCAUGGGUCGAGCCACCUCUAAAUGGAGGAGGACAGUUAUGGGUUCUUUAUUUAAUACAUAUCUGCUCUUGGGUGUCUUUCUUGUCUGCUUUAUGCCUUGUUCUCGUGCCUCAUUUUGUAAAUUACGGAGGAAGUUUUAUCUUAAUGAAGUGCACAAGCCCGGUGAUGUGCUUCUGGGUGGGCUGUUUGAAGUCCACUUCACCUCUGUUUUUCCUGAGCUGACAUUUUCCUCAGAGGGAGAAGAGCCCCGCUGCAAAGGCUUUGAUAUUUUAGGGUUCAGGCAAGCAAUGACCAUGGCCUUUGCUGUUGAUGAGAUCAACAAGAACUCCAACCUGCUGCCUAAUCUGACUCUGGGAUACACUAUGUAUGAUAAUUGUGGUGCACUUGUCAUCGGGCUCAGCGGUGCUUUGUCACUGGCAAGUGGUCAAGAGGAGCAGUUUCCACUUCAGGAGAAGUGUUUAGGGACACUUCCAGUCCUGGGGAUUGUGGGUGACCCCUUCUCAACAUUUACAAUUGCCACCUCCAAUGUGCUGGGUUUAUUCAGAAUGCCUAUUGUGAGUUAUUUUGCCACUUGUUCCUGUCUAAGUGAUCGACAGCGGUUUCCAUCUUUCUUUAGAACCAUCCCGAGUGAUGCUUUCCAGGUUCGUGCUAUAAUUCAGAUUCUAAAGCACUUUGACUGGACGUGGGUAGGGCUGCUGAUCUCAGAUGAUGAUUAUGGAUUCCAUGCUGCCCAGUCCUUCCAGUCUGACCUGACUCAGUCUGGUGCAGGUUGUCUGGCCUACCUGCAGGUUUUGCCCUGGGAUGGUGACCCAAAUGAACUCAGGAAGAUUGUGCAUUUGAUAAAGACAUCAACAGCUCAUGUGGUCAUGGCAUUUGUACAUGAGGGCCAAAUGAUACCCCUAAUGGAAGAGGUGGUGCAACAGAAUGUAACAGGCCUGCAGUGGAUUGCCAGUGAAGCCUGGAUUGCAGCUGCUGUGCUCCAAACUCCUCGUCUGAUGCCGUACCUCGGCGGCACACUGGGCAUCGCCAUCCGUCGAGGAGAAAUGCCAGGACUCAGGGAGUUCCUGUUACAAAUACGUCCUGAUCACAGUAACAACUAUGAAAAUAACAUGGUGAGACAGUAUUGGGAGUUCAUAUUUCAGUGCAGAUUCCCUCCACCUCCAGCAGGUUGGGUGGAAGCUGGAGGAGCACUUUGCACUGGAGAAGAAGAUAUUGAAACUGUGGAGACAGAGUUCUUGGAUCUUUCCAACCUCAGGGCUGAGUACAAUGUGUACAAGGCUGUGUAUGCUCUGGCAUACGCCCUUGAUGACAUGCUGCAGUGCACACCAGGGAGAGGGCCUUUCAGUGGAAACAGCUGUACCACUUUACAAACAAUGGAGCCCUGGCAGCUCGUACAUUAUUUGCAAACGGUCAACUUCACCACAUCAUUCGGUGAUCAAGUCUCAUUUGAUGAGAAUGGUGAUGCCCUGCCAAUAUAUGACAUCAUGAACUGGUUGUGGCUCCCUGAUGGACGAACUAAAGUUCAGAAUGUAGGUGAGGUCAAGAGGUCAGCCUCCAAAGGAGAAGAACUCACACUUUUUGAAGACAAAAUCUUCUGGAGCUUUGGAGAGCCACCCCGAUCAGUGUGCAGUGAGAGUUGUCCUCCAGGUACCCGUAUGGCCAGAAAGAAGGGAGAACCUGAAUGCUGCUUUGACUGCAUCCCUUGUUCUGAGGGAAAGAUCAGCAAUAAGACCAACUCCGUGGAAUGCACCAGUUGUCCAGAGGAUUUUGCAUCCAGUCCCCAGCGUGACCACUGUGUUCCUAAGAAAAUAGAGUUCCUCUCCUACCAUGAGCCUCUGGGUAUCUGCCUGACAAGUACCUCAUUAUUGGGCACAUUGAUCUGUGCUGUUGUCCUGGGUAUUUUCAUCCAUCAUCGCAGCACACCUGUGGUACGCGCCAACAACUCAGAACUGAGCUUUCUGAUUUUGAUGUCACUUAAACUAUGCUUCCUGUGUUCACUGCUGUUCAUUGGACGACCCAGACUGUGGACAUGUCAACUGAGACAUGCAGCGUUUGGGAUCAGCUUUGUGCUUUGUGUGUCGUGCAUCCUGGUGAAAACCAUGGUGGUUCUGGCUGUUUUCAAGGCCUCCAAGCCAGGAGGUGGAGCCAGUCUCAAGUGGUUUGGUGCUGUGCAGCAGAGAGGAACAGUUUUGCUUCUUACCUGCAUUCAGGCAGCCAUCUGUGUUGUGUGGAUUGUCUCGGCAUCGCCACUGCCUCACAAAAACACUCAGUAUCAUAGUGACAAGAUAGUUUAUGAGUGUGUAGUUGGUUCCACUGUGGGUUUUGCUGUGUUAUUGGGUUAUAUUGGAUUACUGGCCAUCCUCAGCUUCCUGUUAGCAUUUCUGGCCAGGAAUCUUCCAGACAACUUCAAUGAGGCCAAACUCAUCACUUUCAGCAUGCUGAUCUUCUGUGCUGUGUGGGUGGCCUUUGUUCCUGCUUAUGUCAACUCCCCAGGUAAAUAUGCAGAUGCAGUGGAAGUUUUUGCCAUCCUGGCAUCCAGUUUUGGCCUCCUGGUGGCACUGUUUGGACCCAAAUGUUACAUAAUCCUGCUGAGACCAGAGAGGAACACAAAGAAAGCAAUCAUGGGUCGAGCCACCUCUAAAUCAUAAAGUAGCAGUAACAGUUAAAUGGUCAACGUUGUUUGAAUUAUUUCAGUUGAGAUCUGUCCAUUAAUCAAUGUACAAUAAUAAGAAAAGUUCUUUUCAAGAUUAAAAAUGUCUGUCCACAAGGAAUGCAUCUGGCAGUCAGUAAAUGCAAUAAAGAAAUGUUUGUAUGAAAGGG